AUGCCGCAGCCGAAGCCUUCGUCCCAGCUCUGGCAAGACUUCGCCUUCAGCGACAUCAUCGGCGAGGGGCAGUACGGCAAAGUAUGGCGCUGCGUCGAUCGCGCCUCGGGUCAGCCAAUGGCGUGCAAGCAGAUCCGCACCGCGGGCCUAUCAGAGGCUGAGAUGGCUGAUCUUCAACGGGAGAUUUACUCCCUGUCGAUUCUGGGCGCCCACGAAAAUAUCUUGUCACUCGCACAUGUGUACGCUGAUGAGAAGACCGUGUAUCUUGUAACGGAGCUGUGCAACGGCGGGGAUCUGUUCGAUCUGGUCGACCGUUCGGGCGACGGCCUGGAUGAGGCGUCUGCGGCGAAGAUCUUCGUUCAGAUCGUACGCGCCGUCCGAUGGUGCCACGCGCACCGCAUCGUUCACCGUGACAUCAAACCAGAGAACAUCCUUCUCACUAAGUCAACGACCGGCGCCGCCGCUACUACCGGAUCUUCCUCUGCUUCUAUCGCGGAUAAUCUGUCCGUUCGUCUCGCGGAUUUCGGACUGGCUUUUCAGCUGAAGCCGGGGUGCGCGAUGGUUGGAAUCGGUGGAAGUAUGCCGUACGAAGCGCCAGAGAUGCUCGCAGAGCAGCCGUACAACACCAAGGCUGACGUGUGGUCUCUAGGCGUGCUCCUUUACUCCAUGCUCACUUCCACGUGGCCCGCGUUUCCCGGAAACCGGCGCCAGCUGACCCCGAACGACUUCCGGAGCGCGGGGUGGGCGAAAUUGUCGAUCGCGGCGCGGGAUCUGAUCUGCCGAAUGAUGAUCGUCGAUCCUGCGCAGAGAUAUGACAUCGACGGUGUGAUGUCGCACCCGUGGCUCGCCCACGCGCGAAGAGCUGUGUUUCCGCGACAGCCGUCGAAGGUGUUCCCGUCGCGGGCGUCGCAGGAGCAGUCGCAGCAGCAGGCGUCGCAACAGCAGUCGCAACAGCUGGAGGCUGUCGUAGCGCAACUCUCCAACGACACUGCUGCGACCACCACCUGCGACGUGCACGCCGCAGUAACCGUUGCCGAUCCUCUCUCUCAGCUUCGGCAGCCGAAUCAGCCACGUCCUUCUGCAGGAAGAAUCACCUCCGCGGCGCGCAGCGUAACUGCUGCCAGUAAGGCCAAGCGCGACGCGGCAGCUUCGCUUCUCGAGCUUGUUGUGCGGAGCUUGCAGUCGCCGCCGUCGUCGCCGUCGACGACCACCGGCCUGGCGACAUCGUCGCCCAGCUCGUCGCCUGCUGUGUCGCCCGACCACACACAUCCCAAGAAGAUCCCUCGCACAGGCGACUCACCUGAUGUCUUCGCACAGACAAAUUCAGCUGAGACCAGUGAGACAAUUUCAGUUCAAGAUCUACUCUCAAUCAAGCGCGACCUUAACGAAGACGCUACCAGCGAGUACAAGUGGCGUCUCAAGAGUCUCCGCGCGUUCGAGGCCGAGUCGCGCUCUAUCUCAGCGUCGUCAUCAGGCUCGUCCUCGGGAGUAUCCGAAUUCUUCACCCCGAUUUCGUCCCCCGAGCCCCGCCAAAAGCCGACCUAUCAUCAGUUCCUCCGCCCCAGGCCGUCCCUUCUUGGCGUUCAAAUCUGA